UCGUGAAGGUAAUGGCUGUCUGAGUAUGUGUUGUUAAGGGAAGACUUGAUGAAGAAAAACGUGCGCUACAUCUAAAGUACGCCAUUGUUACAGAAUGACGGAUUUUGCAUUUGAUUAAUAAUUACAAAUGCGUCCAAGUGUUGUCAUUUAGAUGGAAAGAAUUCAGGCUAAAUCCAGAUAUUGUCGUCUUACAACUGAGUAAACACCUUCCUUAAAGGAUGGCAACACAGGCAGCAGUCCACCAGCGGAACCUGGAGAGUUCCAUUCUGUUCAUGCAACAGGAACAUGCCACAACACUCAAAGGACUUCAUGAAGAAAUACACACUCUACAGAAAAAGUGCACUGAUCUAACAUUCCAAAUCACUAUGCAAGGCUAUGGCUUGGGAGAACCAGAGUCUGGCACCAAAUUCAAGGGUUUACAAUCUCAACUAAUGGCCGAGAAAGAAGAAAAGAUCAAAUUUGAAACAGAGGUGGAAUCAAGAGACAAGAAGAUCAAACUUUUGGAAAGUGAGCUUCAUACUCAAAAGAAGAGGUACUUAGGUGAACUAAGAUCUCAGACUCAUACCAUUAACAAUUUUAAAGCAGAACUGGAGGCCAAAUCUAAUAAUAUAGCCUAUCUGACUUCCGAGCUUCACAGAUAUAAGCUCAAUAACAAAGUGGACCCAGGUGCUGACCCUACUAUACGGAGAACACAAGCCCCAAGCUAUAUCCCAGCUCCACCAAAAGAUAUCCAGUCCAAACUACGAAGACAGUAUCGAAGAUAUGGAAAUGCAGACGAGCUCCAGGCCCGUCCCCUCCGAGUUGCCUCGGGUAAAAGUAGUGGCUCGAGUCGAUCUGAAUCUCCAGACAUCGCACCGUUCCUUAAAAAAGGAGAUGGUGUGCCGAUUAUUGACAAGCGGCAACAGACCACAAUCCUGCCACCAAUUUCCAAAAUGGGUCAAGAGAGAAAUGCUGUGUUGUUACAUCAGGUUGUGUCGUCUCAGCAACUAGGGAGACGGAAGGCAGAUUCAACAUCGCCAGAAAUUGCAACAUUAGCUGUAGAACAAGUGUCAAGGGCAGAGCCAGGCUGGGUUCACCAUGUCCAGGAGUCUACCAACUCGGAGUAUAAGUGAAAGUGUGCUUGCCAAGUUUCUAUAUCACUGAAGGACAAAUAUAGUGGAAGUAUCCUGUGCUGUGUGCUUUAUCAUUUUAUUCAUUGUCGGAUGUGGGGUUAUCAUGGUUAUUAUGAGAUCAAACUUGCGAUGGACAUUAUAAGCAAUACUUAAAGGCUGUAUGAUUUAUUGAUGUUAAAAUGACAACCUAUUGGUUAAGAAAUAUUCAGGAAAUAUUUUGCUAGUGUGAAAACCAUUGUACCAUGUGUGGAAUACAAAUGCUUUAAUGUGACAAAUUCUUAAAAAAGGGAAUUCUGCUGUUUAGUGAUUUUAUUUGAGUUUAUCUAAAGUAUUUAACAGUAUUCCAAGAAUGUUUUAUUUUAUUUGUUUCACACUAUUUCAUAUAUCAGCAAAAAUGAUAAAUAUUUAAAGAAAUCUUUUCUCUAUAUUUCGCCUGAAAGAUUUGGCUUAUUAUUCUAUUCUACUCAACCUUUGAUAGGGAUAAUCAGAUAUGUCAUUCUUAUUAUAUAUGCUUGAAAUAUGAGAAUCAGUUUCGUGCAUCAUAGAAGAUAAAAAUAUCCCUAUCUAAUGUGGACUAGUAUACCAUAUUUGACAUAAUAAGCGCCAAGGGCACUCUCAAAAUUAGAAAUAGGUGGCUCUUAUUAGAAUAUUAUUUUGGUGAAAAAAACAGAGUUGAAGAUAAAUUUCGUGGCUUAUUCUGACAGCCUGAA